AUGCCGUCAGUUUCAUUUGCUUCAGACACACUGAAUACAAAUUCUGAAGGAAUGAAUAGUAGUACACGCAAACCACCUGCUCCAACUGGCUACCAUGUAGGCAAUGAUUCUGAAAGAUCAGGAAAUAAUGAUAAUGCACAUGAAGCUUCCCAACUACGUGUACCAGCAUCCAUGCCAUCCUUGGCACGUGGAUUUUCUCUCGUUCCUGAACGUUUGGGGAAAAGAGGAAAUUAUAAACGUCAAGGCAAUAAAGGGAUGUUCGGUUGUGAAGCUGCAAUGCAAUUUUUAGCAUAUCUAGCUGCUUUAUUAACUUUACCUUUUUCUUUGUUCAUGUGUCUCAAAGUUAUUGCACAGUAUGAAAGAGCUGUUGUAUUUCGUCUUGGACGAUUGGUAUCAGAAAUUCCUAAAGGACCCGGUCUUGUAUUCAUUUUACCAUGCUUAGAUAAUGUCAAAACAAUUGAUUUACGAACAUUUACAUUCAAUGUACCAACUCAAGAAGUUCUAACAAAAGAUUCAGUCACUGUAGCUGUUGAUGCUGUUGUUUACUAUCGUAUUUUCGAUCCUGUUAUGUCAGUUGUAAACGUGGAAGAUGCAAAUAGAUCUACACGAUUACUAGCACAGACCACUCUGAGAAAUGUACUGGGUACAGUGGAUUUAUAUCAACUUCUUACAGCACGUGAACAAAUAGCACAUUUAAUGCAAGAUUGUCUAGAUACAGCUACAGAGACAUGGGGAGUUAAAGUUGAACGUGUGGAUAUAAAAGAUGUACGUCUGCCUAUUCAAUUACAACGUGCUAUGGCUGCUGAAGCAGAAGCUGCACGUGAAGCAAAAGCCAAGGUAAUUGCUGCAGAAGGUGAACAACGUGCAUCAGUAGCUUUAAAAGCUGCUGCUAUGGAAAUUGGAGAAUGUCCUAUUGCUCUUCAAUUACGCUAUUUGCAAACUUUGAGCAGUAUCUCAGAUGAGAAGAAUUCUACUAUAAUUUUCCCAUUACCGAUUGAUCUAUUAAGUCUUUUCCAUCAAAAUUUCAGCGGAAAUAAUAAUAGUAAUAAUAACAACAAUAACAACAACAAUAAUGACUCAUCUCCUCGGCAUGAAAGCUCACAGACUACAGGUGAAAAUGAUGAAGUUAAACGAAUGACAGCCCCACCGCCUCCACCACCUAGAGAAGGACAAUCACAACUAGCCAGUUCACGUGCAUAUACAACUAGUCAAAAAACAGAAUCAGCUGAAGAAGAUUUAAUAUAA